UGUCACGUGAUAAUUAUAAAAAUGGCGGAUGUCAAAAACAAAAUGUAAAUUUUCAGUUGAUGUCAAACUGUAAUUUAAUUUAUUUCCAUAUCGACUGCGUAUCGAUCAUUUUGAAAAGUGCUCAAACCUUUGCAUAACUUCUUGUUGAAAGAUCCAUUGGUGACGAAAAUGAGAGUCGGGUCGUUUAUAGUUUAAAGCUGUGAAACAAACAAAACAAACAAUAUGGCAACACUUUUUUUUCCUUCUGAGGUGCACCUGGAACAGACAACCAACAUGUCGACAUUAACCAACUCGACUGUCUGUCCAGAGACCAGUGGCAUUCCUCAUGUCUGGGGGUUUGUUUCAGCGUUUGUUGCUAUUUUCUUCUUUGGGACGAACUUUGCUCCAGUGAAGAAAUUUGAUACAGGAGAUGGGAUGUUUUUCCAAUGGAUCAUGUGUAUUUCUAUAUGGUGUGGUGGCCUCGUGGUUCAGCAGAUACGGCAGAACCCAACAUUCUACCCACUUGCCAUGCUUGGAGGAUUUUUCUGGUCAACAGGGAAUAUUUGCGUGGUGCCGAUUGUGAAGACCAUUGGCUUGGGACUGGGGCUGUGUAUCUGGGGCAUGACCAACCUGCUCAGUGGAUGGGCCACAGGGAGGUUUGGAUUGUUUGGUACAAACUCUGAUCCUCCCGACAACAAGGCCCUAAAUGACAUUGGUGUGAUUCUUGCUGUUUGCAGUGCAGUGAUAUUCUCCAUGGUGAAGAACGAGAUGAGCCUCGAUGGGAUCAACCAAACCAUCACCGUGGACGUCUCCGAGAACAGUCCAUUGCUACAGGUACAGGAUGAAGUUCACCGCCCUACCGGUCCCGGGUACACAACCACUCACGAGGUAGACCAUGACAUCAUUGUCUUUGACAAAGAACGCAAUGGCAGCAUCAACAAAGAUUUGAGUAGCACAGAGGGUGAAAGUGACAGAUCCUUUAUCGACAAACUCAGUCCAGGAUCAAAACGCAUUUUCGGAAUUAUUCUAUCCUUGGUGUCUGGGAUAUUUUACGGCCAGAUGUUCACACCAUCAAUCUACAUUCAGGACAACUACAAGACUGCUGACGGGCAUAAGGCGAGCCAGGAAGCCCUGGACUAUGUUUUUGCGACAUUCUCCGGUAUACUGGCAACAGGCACUGUGUACUUCCUAAUCUACGCUGCUAUCCAAAAGAACCAUCCGAAGAUCUACCCUCGGGCAAUUCUGCCCGGUUUUAUCUCAGGAACAAUGUGGGCUGUUGCUACCUCGGGUUGGUUUGUGGCGAACAAGGUUCUGUCUGAGGCUGUGGCUUUCCCCAUUAUAACUACUGGCCCGGGGGUGAUUGCCUCGAUUCUUGGGGUGCUGGUGUUCAAAGAAAUUAAGGGUCGACGCAAUAUCCUGAUUCUGAUGUUUGGCAUGAGUGUGACCAUCACAGGGUCCGUGUUAGCUGGUCUUUCUAAGAAGGCACCAAAGUCUCCAUGCUAGUCAUACAUGUACAUGUGAACAUGGACAUUAUAUAUGCUUUAGCAUUGUUUUUUGUGUCAAGGUUUUUAUGGAAGCUAAGCAUUUUUUUUCUUACUAUUUUUGAUAAAUCCAAAGUAAUUGUAGUGAGUCCAUGCUUAGCAAUUAAACUUACAAUAGGGCCCAUUGUUCAGAAUUUUGUUUAAAGUUAACACCAUUGUUAACUUCAUUGUUGUUUAUUUUCAAAUCGCUACUGAUCUGGAGUUUUAAUAGAUAUACUUGUGAUCUGCAAUAUUUCUAAGAAGAUUUAAUACAACUGUAUACAUGUUUUAUUUAAAUAUAUUAGCAUAUCAUCAAAACAAUCUCGUUAAUCACGUUGUUAACUUUAACACGGUUGUGAACAAUCAGGUCAAAAUUUGAUACAAAUCAUCAGAAAACAUCCUAAUGAAAGAAGGCAAUAUGUUCUGAACAUGUGCAUUGUUAUUUUUAUAACAUAUUUGUUCGAAUUGUUUUAUAUACAUUUCAAUACCAUUGUUAUGAAUAGUAUUCAGGAAUGUUUUUACUUUGCAUACCGGUUGAAUUAAAUUUUAGUUUAGAACUGUUUUUAGUGGAGAGUUUUUGUUGAAGCUAUCACUGUGAUUGUUCGAAGCCAUAAUUACGUAUGUGCCAUUUUUCAUUUUUUUUUAAAGUGGUUGGUUGUAUAUUAUCCUGUUAUUGAUAGAAUAAUUGAUUUUACCCAUUCUGCGAUAUUUCUGACAUUACCCUGCUAAUACUCAAUAGUGGAGAUAGCAAUCAUACAUGUUGUUUAAUAAAGUCACAGGGUCACUUUCUCGAAAGUUCUUAAGCUUAACAGACUUAAGUGGCUUAAUUCUUAUCUUAAGUAUAAAAACUCUUAAAGAAGUAAAUAUUAUGCAAAUUAUUGAAAAACAAAAUUAGUGAGCUUAGCUUUAUCCUGUUAUAGGGGACUUAAGAAGUUUUGAGAAAUCAGGGCCAGGCAUGGAAAAAAAAGAUUUAGGUUGAAAUGUGAACAAAACGCUUGUUUAAUUGAUAAAACGUCAUUGAAAUUAGAGCUAUAUUCUCAUUCUUCAGGUUUGAUAAUGAUGUGGUAUGCAUAGCAUCAUCACUCUGGUGUAUGUGAAUGUUAAAUGAAUCAAUUUGAAAAAAGUUCAAAACCAAUUUUACCUACAUAACAUCUGUGAGUGAGUCCCUUUAAGCAUUUACACAGUUUACUUUUUUUUUACAGGAUUAUUCUUAUGGCAAGUUUUAAUCAUUGAAUCAAAUAUUGUGAAAGAACCCUAUUGGUUUUAUGAAAUAGUUAAAAGUGUAUAAUGUAUGUCUUUGUUUUAAUUGAUUUCAAGUGUUGUUUAUUGUUGACCACCAUGAUGUAGUCUUUCUUUGUGAUAACUGAUAUUAAGGUGUCUCAAUAAUGUAUAUAUAUAUAUAUAUAUAUAUAUAUAUAUAUAUAUAUGUAUUAUAGAGUUCCGUGUUGUAUAUUCUUGAUAUUCUUGUUAUUUUAAAAAUUAAACGUCUGAAUAUUUCUGUGAUAUUAAAUGGGUUAAAUGAACAUGUACAUAUCCCUUCAAUGAUCACAAUGCUUGUUGACCAUUGAAUUUACCAAUAAAACAAUUUUAUUUUGUCAGUAAAAAAUAGCACAUGGUCCUAUAAUUCAAUCCAUUACUUUGUCCACCUCUAGCGUAAAUCCUCCAACAUGUGACAAGGUUGAAGGAAGUCAUAUUAAUUGCAAUGUUGAUAAUGCUCCACAAAAGACUUGGAAGUUCCUACAAAACAAUGAACAAUUAUUCAUUCUAAAUAGUUAUUAGCACACAUUAUGACUAUAGCAAGAAUUACAACUCGUUACCUUAAUGCAAGAACACAAUAUUUGCUUCCAUUUCUAUAUGCAGUUAUUGCACUAGGGUGACGAUUACUGUACUAGUCGCUUUCUUUAAAAGUAUCAUAUGUACAAUUAUGUGAUUUGUGGAUGCCUUUAACUCUGACUUCAUUUUAUUUUUGUAUUAUUUGAAUGGGUUUUAUGUGAACACAAAGAAUAUGUAAAAAUUAGACCAAAACAAAUAUUACAAAUACAUGUAAGCUGUUAAGGCCUUUUUAUGCAAAGAUUACCAUACAUAUUUGGUCAUUUCACAUCCAAAUUCAGUGAAAUAACGAGCAAAAACACAAACUACAAUAACAUUAACUAUAAUGUAUAUUAGUAUAGGCUAGCUGCACCAUUUCAAAAUUACCAAAUAAGGCAUUUAUAUUUAUCAUGAUUGUCAUUGGCAUGAUAGAAUCACUAGCUUUCUUGUACACCAGAUAUUUUUUAAUUAUUUUGUAGAUUAAAAAUCAAACAACAUGUAUUGCCAUAGCCUUACUAUGUACUCGUUGAUGUUCCUAUUGUUAUUAUAAAAUUGAUUUUGUGUUUUCAACAGGUGAUGCUAUUAUUUGAUGGAAUUUCAAGUUUAUGAUUAUUAUUAAUUGUAUUUAUAACUUAUUUAAAAAAAAAUACAUUAACAUUUUAGCACUUCUGACAUGUUUAUUGUCUAAAUGCCCUUUCAUGACACAAAACCAUGGUAUGAAAAUGUUGUUAUAAUAACCCCUGCUUUGCAAUAUAGGUAAUAAAUAGUUAUUAGAUAUUA